AUGGAACGCCAGUACCGAAGCGUCGACGAAUCUUCAGUUGAGAGCAUCGCCUCCGGAUCUCAAUCAGUGGCCUAUACACUACCACCACCAACACCGACGAUUACAACUGAAGGGCCUGGAAGUCUGAUGGUAGAUAGAAGGGGCAAAGGAUUCAGAAGGUUACUUCGUCACUAUAGUCUACCGGUGUACCUUAUCGACGAGUAUAAAACAAGCAGCUUCUCCCCAUCAUGCGACACGAAUAAUGUCCAAACGUUCAGGGAUGUACCCAACCCACGACCCUAUCGCCGCGAAGAACGACCCACUGUCCGAUGCCAUGGACUUCUAAGAUGUACCAGUCAAAAUUGUAUGGAAGAAAAUGGCGGACGAAGUAAAUUAUGGAAUGGAGAUCUACUUGGCUGUCUCAAUAUGCGUCACAUUUUACUUGGUCUUCGUGCUGAUGGUCAAAUUCCUGAACGAUUCAGACGUCCUUCUGUUGCUCCUCGUGCUGCUCCUGAUGAACCACCAAUACAAGAAGGAAGAAGAACCCUACGCCGUCUCCAAUGA